UCAUUUCCAAUCAGCACAAAUGGAAAAAAAAAAUAUAAAAUGAGUCCUAUAAAGAGACCAAAAUAUGUGGAGUAAAAAGUGUGAGAAAAACAAAGUACUGUAAUUGAAAGUGGCCAUUGUUGCAAGAAAGGGUGAAUUUUAAGUGGCCAUUACACUAAGAAACCAAGAAACAGGUUAUUUCUACUUGAGUUAAGGAAAAGUUAGUUGGUCUUUUUAUAAUCUUUUCUACAGAAGAGAAAGUGGGUAAUAUUGGUUGAGAGUGGAAAUAUACUCUAGUGGGAAUCUAAGAGGAGUAAUUUAUUUCUAUAAAUUAAGCAAGAGUUUGGAAGGUGACAAAAAGUAAGACAGUAAACCUUGGAAUUGUUUUAGACAAUCAAGGUUUUUUUUAUUCCUGCUCAGAAUGUCUGUUGCCUUGGCACAGGUUAAUGUAUCUCCUUGUGAGGUCUCAAAUGGGACAGGAUUCUUGGAAUCCGUCCGGGAGGGAAACCGGAUUUUUGGUUCAUCGAGGCAUAGGAAUUCUAGAUUUUCUUGCUUAGGAGGAUCAAGAACUAAAAAUGGACGGAUUUUUUCUGUACGGUCUGCUAUAGUGGCUACUCCUGGUGGAGAAAUGACGACGAUGACAUCGGAACAAAAGGUAUAUGAUGUGGUUUUGAAGCAGGCAGCCUUGGUGAAGAGGCAGCUGAGAUCUACCGACGAGUUAGAAGUGAAGCCGGACAUACCUAUUCCGGGAAAUUUGGACUUGUUGAGUGAAGCAUAUGAUCGGUGUAGUGAAGUAUGUGCAGAGUACGCAAAGACGUUUUACUUAGGAACUUUGCUAAUGACUCCAGAGAGAAGAAAGGCUAUCUGGGCAAUAUAUGUAUGGUGCAGAAGAACAGAUGAACUUGUUGAUGGCCCAAAUGCAUCACAUAUUACUCCACAAGCCUUAGAUAGAUGGGAAGACAGGCUAGAAGAUGUUUUCAAUGGGCGGCCAUUUGACAUGCUCGAUGCUGCUUUGUCCGAUACAGUUUCCAACUUUCCAGUCGAUAUUCAGCCGUUCAGAGAUAUGAUUGAAGGGAUGCGUAUGGACUUGAGGAAGUCAAGAUACAGAAACUUUGACGAGCUGUAUCUCUAUUGUUAUUAUGUUGCUGGUACGGUUGGGUUGAUGAGUGUUCCAAUUAUGGGUAUCGAUCCUGAAUCAAAGGCAACAACGGAGAGUGUAUAUAAUGCUGCUUUGGCUUUGGGGAUCGCAAAUCAGCUAACCAACAUACUCAGAGAUGUUGGAGAAGAUGCCAGAAGAGGAAGAGUCUACUUGCCUCAAGAUGAAUUAGCACAGGCAGGUCUCUCCGACGAAGACAUAUUUGCUGGAAGAGUGACCGAUAAAUGGAGAAUCUUCAUGAAGAAGCAAAUCCAGAGAGCAAGAAAGUUCUUUGAUGAGGCAGAGAAAGGAGUGACAGAAUUGAGCGGAGCUAGUAGAUGGCCUGUGUGGGCAUCAUUGCUCUUGUACCGCAAGAUUCUCGAUGAAAUUGAAGCCAAUGACUACAACAACUUCACCAGGAGAGCUUAUGUGAGCAAACCAAAGAAGUUUAUUGCAUUACCCAUUGCAUAUGCAAAAUCUCUUGUGCCUCCUACAAGUACAAGAACUCUGUCUCCUCUAAGCUAAGGCAUGAAAUCAGAUAUAUAUAAAUCAAGGUCAAUGAAGCAAUAUACAUUUAGAAACAAAAUUGAUAUGUAUAGUAGAAAUUGUGUAUUGAUGUCCUCGUAUAUCAUCAAAAUUAGGUAGUAAAAUCCAACAUAGCAAUUCUCUCAAGAGUUGUAUCUUCACCAUCUCAAACCCUUUGAGGGAAAUUCUUUUUUUGAUUCAUCGGAAAAAUUCGCUGUUAUAUUUUGUAAA